AAUGGAUAUUCUCAGCACUUUGCCCAUGGUCUUGCUCCUAUUUGUAUGCAUUUUGAUAGGCAAGUUUGUACUGGACAGGUACAGAUCGAAGGCCAAGCAUCAGGAUUUGGUAGAGAAAGCCCAGGCGUAUAGGGCAAAGAGGGAUAAAGAGAUAGAGAAGUACAGAGAGUUCAUCCCUAAUGAAGAGAAGAAACAGGCUAUUACUAAUUGUGAAAGCAUCUAUGACCUCCAAAGAGAGAUGAGAGCCGGAAAAUUCGGUUCAGUUGAUCUCCUUAUGUUCUAUAUUGACAGAUGCGUUCAAUACGCAUUUCCUUUGAAUAUCUUAGCUGAACCUAAUUUUGAAAAGGCAUACCAAAAAGCCCAAGAAUGUGACCGAAUUCUUUCAAAUCCAGAAGAAUUUGAAAGAAUUAUCUCUGGAUGCGAUUAUGAAGGGGUGUUGUUUGGAAUUCCUGUAUCUUUCAAAGAGACAUUUUACUGCGACGAUAUGAAGCUAACCUUUGGAUGUAUAAAUGAGCUUGAUCAAACAUACAAAGGAUAUGCCCCUCUAGAAGACUUAAUCAACAAAAAUUAUGGAAUUGUAUUCACCAAAACAAACGUUCCAAUGCUGCUACUCUCUUUUGAAUCCUACAAUAGAGUUUUUGGAAGGGCAGAAAAUCCUCUCUGCUUAGGAAGAUCUCCUGGAGGGUCUUCAGGAGGCUGUGGAGCUAUCACCGCUCUGAAUGCUUCUCCAAUAAGCUUUGGAGCUGACAUUGGAGGAAGUAUUAGAAUGCCAGCAAACUUCUGCGGAGUAUAUGGUUUUAAAGCUACUUCAACCAGGAUGCCUCAUUUCUUUUCAGCUUCGUGUAGAGAAUCCUCUGCGAAACCUCAAGAGCAAAUUCUUGCAUGUUGCGGACCACUCUCAAAAUCAUUAGACAAUGUUAUCUUGGGGAACAAAAUGAUGCUUGAAUACCACAGAAAAGGAGAAAAAUCUGAAACAGAUAAUAUCGGAAGAAUAGAAAUGUAUUCUCCUCCAAUGGGCUUCAACCAAAGUUAUUAUGAAGAAGGAUUGUCCAAGAAAAAGCUAAAGAUUGGAUACUUUACCUACAAUGGAAUUGCAAAUUGCUGCAAAGCAUCUUUAAAAGCAAUGGAGAAGACAAUAGACACUCUCAAGAAGGAAGGCCAUGAAGUUGUUGAAUUUGAUACGACUCUGUUUGCUGGAUUCCAAAGAACAUACCUCUCCAUUCUACUCUCUUCUGGUCUUAACAAAGAAUUACUUGGAGAUGAAGAAGUAAUAGAAGACUACAAAAAUAUCAAACUAAGUGAAAGCAUUCCAAAAUUCCUGAGGGGAAUUGUUGGCAAAAUCUUCUAUUUCUUAGAAGAAUAUAGAAAAUAUGACUCGGUUCAAGUAUUUGGAAAUCCUAAUGUCAAAGAAUUUCACUUGAACUCAUUUGAUAAAUUACAUAUGACAAAGAAGAUCUCUAAAUAUUUUGAAGAUAAUAAGUUCGAUGCUGUAAUUUCCCCUGUGAAUUCUACUCCUGCUAUUAAGCACGAAACUUUCAAGGAGCUCACUCAUACCGUCUUCUACACUGCAUUGUGGAACUUCUUGGAUUUCCCUACUUCGGUGAUUCCCAGAGUUCAUAUCACUACAGAGGAAGAUGCAGAUAUUGAUAAUCUCUCGGGUGAAGGACAAGAAUAUGUAGAUGAUGGCAUAAGAGAGAUAAACAACGGAAAAAUUACAUAUUUGAAGAAGACUAAAGGUGACGAAACAUUUGUGAGAUACCACAAGGAUGCCAUCAGAGGAAGUGUAGGCUUACCUGUCGGAAUCCAAAUUACCACUCAGCAAUUUGAAGAUGAGAGAUGCCUUGGAAUCACCAAGAAUAUAGAUACUAUUCUCAGAAAACACGGUGUUUUACAGGAUUCCAAACUCUACUAUCAAUAUGAGAAUUAAAUCAUUCAAGGUCA